UGAAUACACUUCCGAUGUGAAGGAAAGUGUGAGCGUUGUGUUGCGAGCAAACACCUUUAAAAUGCGAUCUAGCAGCAGCGGAACGACAGGAAUAAAAAGAAAGGCUUCUUGCCUUGAAGACGGAGAGUCUUCAAUUUCAACAAAUACAAACUCAUUGUCAAGCUCGCGAAGAGCUUUCAUUAGAGCUUCGAAUCGUGGAACGCUGAAACGCGCAGGGCCGUAUUUACUCGGUCCUAGAUUGGGCAAUUCACCAGUGCGAAGCAUCGUUCAGUGUUUAGCGAAAAAGGAUGGUACAGAUGACUUUUACUCGAUCAAAAUUCUUACGCUAGCGGACGCCGGCCGCGAGAGCCAAGACGAUAAACAAGGAAAAAUGUUGCUUCAUACCGAGUAUUCACUUCUCUCACUUUUACACGAUCAAGAUGGCGUCGUUCACCACCAUGGACUUUUCAAAGACGAAUACUACGAGGAAAUUCCCCUUGAGAAAGAUUCUUCUUCUACUACAACGGUUCAUCGAUCUCAACAAAAUUCUGUUGCGAGACAAUAUCGUAUUCGACAUCGUCUAUGUUUGGUUUUGGAUUGUCUUUGUGCGCACGACUUUAGCUCAGAUACAGCAGAUUUGAUUAACCUUCAACAUUACGUGAUCAGAGAGAAACGAUUGUCCGAAAGAGAGACAAUUAUCAUUUUUCACGACAUUGUCAGAGUGGUAGAAUGCUUGCAUAAGGUGAGGCUAAAUAAAUGAAGUUACCGACUGAUAUCUUUAGGAAAUUUGGUUGAAAACCCUGCUGAUUAAAUUACAGCUUUUAAGUUAAAAUAUUGCUGUGUUGGUUGUGAUUCUGUUUUAAUCUUUUUACCGUCGAAAUUCUUGGUCAAAAUUUCAGCUUAGUUUUCACUUUAGGAACCUUACAUUUCUGAGCAUUACAAAUUCUUCUGCUUUUCUGUACUACGGGUCUACGGGAACGUAGGUCACUAGUGAUUUCAAAAGAAUAAUCGUUUUCGCGUAGGUGUCGAUUUCCGUCAUGUAAGUUAUUCUAAUCACGGAUUGACCUCAGCUCUUUGAGUUUCAGUCGAAAAAUUUUUACCGUAUUCUCAGAUUACAGGGAAGUUUAUUUUAAAAAAUACCAUGUUAUUCACCAGCUAUAAAAAUAUCGCAUGGUUUUUAAGUUUUUUGAGAGCGGAUAUUCUUAAAAUUUUCUUUCGUGGGCGUAAGUAACAAACUUCAAAGCAGGAAAUCUAUGAGUGUCUCGUUUAACAGGUUACACGCCUACACUGUAGUUAACGUGGUUAAGUCUGUUUGGAGUUCAGUGAUCUAAAUACGUGGGCAGAAAAGAUUUUGCCGUGAUCAAAGCUACAAUUUCCUUCCUUGUUUAUCUCGCUGUGUGUGUCUUUUCGGGCAUAACUUAAAAAUUCCUGUGUAUUAAACAUGAAUAUUUUUUAGUGUGUCGUGUUUAUUUCAUAAAUUCCACUGCCAAUAAGAUUAAAAAUAAUACAAAGAUCAAUAUUUUCAUAUCAAAAUUUAAAAUAAUAUUAUAGAAAAAGAAGAAAAGUAUAACUCUAGCCAACGAUUCAUUGAUGCCGCCCAAGGAUGGCUAUGCUGUUGCUUUUCCCCUCAUUUCUAAGACUGCCUCACUGUGGCCUGGUACAAUGGUUUGGAAAAAAUGCAGCUGUCACAUUUUCACUUGGACGAAAAAUGUGACCGUUGCGUCAGAUAUCACUUUCCUUACUUUCAAAGUGGAUUAUCACUAUCACAUACUUCAUGUGAUAUUCCUCAAAAAACAGUUAUUGUUAUCCAUUGAGUUAUACCUUUAUUUUGCUAAAAGGUGGUAAUUCAGCAAUUUCUUCUUUUUAAAACAUGUGAAAUUUUUGUGCCACUACCUCCAGCUCUACCAAAACUGCUGAGAUGCAAUCUCAUUCCUAGGGCUUCUCCCUUCCCACCUCUUUUUCUGGCAGUAUCUUUUGCCAUUGACAUCAUUUUACUGGAUGUUGCUGAUGUCUUCCAGAUUUGGUAAAUGCUAGCUGGUUAUGAAGAAUAGCUUAAGAAUUUGAGAAAAAUUUUGAUUGAAAUAUAAGAAAAACAAAUUAAUAACUAAAUAGACUAAGUAGUUAAACAAGAGACUCUGUUGAAAUACACUGGAGAAAGUGUUACUUGUGUAGUUGCAGUGUUGUGUCUGACUGUCAAUUUCCUUAGUGUUUAGAAACCAAAGUAAAUUAUUGUUAUUUAUUAACUAUUCAUGAUGAUCUGCAGAGGAAUAUUGUUCACAGAGACUUAAAGCUUGGAAACAUUGUUCUGAAUAGGAGGUAAAUCAUUAUUUAUUUGUUACUUUAGUAGAAGUAUAUGUAAUACAUAGCAGUAGGUGAAAACCUGCCAACCCCUGAUAAAGGAAAAUCUGGAGACUUAAGAAACAAAGUCGGAAGAUUUCACAAAAAGUAGUGAGAUUCCAUUAUUUUUGUUACCGAUCUAGAUUAAACAAACCCUUUUUCCAUUGGGGAAUUAGCUGUUUAUUUAUCACCUUGCUUUAUAUAUUUAUGGUCCCUCUUGUGGCAAGAUGUUACCACCUUUUCUAUGAUGACUCUAAGAGGCUAGGGAUGACGCCAUCACUAGGACGAAACUUACAGCGAGGGACUGUUUCUUCUGGAUAAUCCAAUUUCAUGGCCAAAAUUUUGUAAAAAGUAGCAUUUCAUUUCAAACUUAUAUUUCCCAAAAAAGCGUGAGAUUGGGAGUCUUGUAGUGAGGCCAUGAGAAAAGAUGAACUAGAAAUAUGUCACAAAAUUGUGAUGCUUCAGUAAUAUGAAUAAAUUGAAACCAGCCAAUGAGCAAAAAAUAAGGUAGAAAAAAAGCAAAACAAAACAAAAACAAAACUACCAAAAAAAUGGGGAAAAAAAACUUUUCUCGGCCAGGAGUCGAACCCCGGACCUUAGACAUGUAAGGUCACCCCUUGUCUACUGAGCAAUGCCACUAAAUGUUAAAAGUACGUAGUGCACUCAGAGGAAGUCGUGUUGCUUGGAAACCUCAAUGCAACUCAAGGUUGUGCACAACUGAUGAUGUCACUGCGACUAGCAACCGAAGUCAAGAUAUAUAAAUAUAUAUAAAGCUGGCUUGUUUUUCUGCCUCACUGUGAGAUCCAAGCACGUCACACACAAGAUGCAAAUUUUGACAAAAUUAUUAACUCCCUCGCUUCGUGAGGAAAAAUGGUGAGACUCACAGCAAAAUUGUGAGAGCUGGCAGGUCUGUAGGAGUCGAAAGCAAAGUAGAUAACAGCAGAGUAAAGGAAGAGAUGGCAUUUUGUAGUACUGUAACCCCUUGCAUUUGUAGCCUACGUGGCAGACGUAAUGUAACCUUGGUUAGUAACAUCUGUGAAGUAGCACCAAUGUCCUUGUUCUGGGCCCCAAUGGACUCAACAAGAUAGCAGAAAUGCAUUUCUUUUUUUUUCUUCAACCUGAUUAGCAAAUGGACAAUGGCAUUUUUGACAGGCCAAUCAUGGUAGCAAAGAUGUUGUGCCGCAAUUUCUGCAUUCGUACCUACAUCCUGGUACACAGCUGAGGGCCCAAAACAAGGAUUUUGAUGCUGUUUGCAGACGGACUUUGUAACCAGAGUUUAGUUUCAUUUGUGGGGCAGGCUAUUUGCAUUUGUAGCUUUGUUUGAAAUUCUACCAUGAUUGUAUUGGUUUUUAACAAAAAUGACUAUAUUUUUCCUUCAGGACAAAGAGAAUAACAAUCACAAACUUUUGUCUGGGGAAGCAUCUCAUAAGAGACAAUGAUUUGUUGAAAGAUCAAAGAGGAAGCCCAGCAUAUAUAAGUCCUGAUGUCUUAAGUGGUAAGUAAUACCUCACCUUUUCGAACUCCUUUUAACCCUUAAAAGUCCCAAGAGUGAGCAACAUCAAUUUUCUCCUUGAACAAUAUCAAUGAAUACUCAACAACAAUAUCAAUGAAUACUCAACUUUUUAGAAUUCAUAAAAUGAUCACAAAAGGGAAAUGCUUUGAUCUUUUAACAAAUUCUCUCCACCAAUUUUAUAAGAUAUGUAUGGAGAUCAGUCUUAAGAAUUUGCAUGGAGAUAUUGAGGCUUAAAGGCUUAAGAAUAUUUGUUGUUUUAUACCCCUCAGCCUUAGAGCCAGUUUGAAUGUACAGUGAAACCUCAAUAUCAUGAACCUUUAUGAUGUCCUUGGUGUAACAAACAAUAAAUUUCUUUUUUACCCCAGUAAUAGUAGAAUAUAUGGAAAAAAACCUUGGUUUAACAAAUCCUUGUUAUAGCAAACACAUUUUGCCAGUCCAAUGGCACUUCGUUAUAUUGCGGUUCCACUGUAAUACAGUAAACACCUGCAUGUAAGACUCGAUGAUUUCAGAGCUUAGGCUGAUCAACGUCUUGGUGCUUAAUGGGAAAUCAACCUGAAAAUGUUCUCCAAAUUUGAAUCCUCAAGAUAAGUGGUUGUUUGCCUUGGGCCUGUUUCUUGAAAUUCCCUCUAACUUUUCAAUUUUGAUAAUGUCAAAGUUAUAUUUUAAAGUUAAAACCUAAAGAACAGUAGUAUGGUUUUAAGCUCACAAAUCAUUCCAUUUUGGUUUGCUAACAAACAGUAUUAUUUUCAAAAGAAUUUAUAGACCUUUCUUGUGUCAUAACACUCUAGGUUGAGGCUUGAGUGGACAAAUUCCUACAUAUCACUUUAUUUUGUGACCCUAUGCCUCGAGCAUAAAAGGGCUCUGAUGAUCUGCGAUGAUCUUUGACAUAUUAAGUAAAAGUGGCUCUCUAGGCCAGGUUAUCGUUCAAGAAAUCUAGAUCUGGGUAAUGCUUUUGAUCAAAAAAAGGUAAAGGCGCACACGAGCCAAAGGCCCAAAUGGCCGGAGCUUCUCCCGGUUUCAUUAGCAUGAAGCAUGGCUAGGAGUAUUGCUAAACUCCCCCCUGGACGGGAUGCUAGUCUAUCACAGGGUUAGCCCCCAGAAGUAUGUCGCUGGUACCCAUUUAUACACCUGGGUGAAGAGAGACAAAGUGGAGUAUGGUUCCUUGUCUAAGGAAACAACACGACAGGCGAGGCUUGAACCCUGGACCUCCAGAUCCUUGGUUUAAGGUGUUAACUGCUUGGCCACACAUGCCUUCAGUGCUUCUGAUUUGUUGAAGCAAAUAAUGAAAAGCACCACCGACAAAAGUAGAUCUGUGUAGUGAUGCAUCUUCAGCAUGAAAUUUCUGCACUUGUUCCUUAGACGUCAUUUUGCAAGGAAACCAGUGGUGGGGUCGCCAAAUGUCAGCUGUUUUCUCAGACUAUCAAAAAUCAGUCCAUUGGUUGGUGACAUGUAAGUGCCAUGCCAGGCUUAUAUAUAAAAUUCAAUUUGAUACUCAGGAAAUUAUUAUUUUUGUUGUCUUUCCUUCCUUUGUUUCGUGUAGGAGCUCCAUAUUCAGGGAAAGCUAGUGAUAUGUGGGCCCUGGGAGUUGUUUUGUACACAAUGCUGUAUGGACAAUUUCCUUUCUAUGACAGCAUUCCCCAUGAGCUGUUCAGAAAGAUUAAAACUGCAGAGUUCCUUCUACCAAAGUAAGUUUUAAAAUCGCUAUAUGUCACACCUUAUUCCAAGCAGUGACUUAAUUGCAACAAUGGUCGUCACAUUUAUUGGCUGUCAACACUUGUCAAAUUACAUCCCCUGUAAUGUUGAUUUACAUAAAUUAUUACUCAUUUGCGGGAAAGAGUUUUUAACACAUUGAGGAAGGACAGAAAAAGUACACACAAGGAACAGACAAAUUAGUCGUUAGAGAAUUCGAAGACGUGAUAUGAAAAAUCAUCCGCUUUCACCCAGGUUUCAGCAAAGUUUGUAGAGUAUAGCAGUCUUAUUUUCAAGAAGAACCAGAGCAAAACUUCAAAGUGGACUUUCAAGUGAGUUUGUACCAAGAUUUCUGGAUGUGAAGCACAAGGUUUAACAAGGUCAAAAAAUAGUUACACGUACCUAGCCUCCUAUUGCUGAAAGUCGUUUAGAACAGCCGUAUUCUGAGAUAGAGAAAUAUUUGGAGUGCACAUUUCAUGAGCUUAAAAUUUUCUUUGUUAUUAGCUGAAAUUCACUUAGCCAACAGAGGAUAUCCUCUCAAGACUUAGUAAUUUAAUUUCUAUAAAUUAGGUGAAUUGGCUGUAACAUUGUGCAGUGAGGAUUUGUUACUGACAUUGUGUUCUCGAACUUGUGUUUCAGUGAUGGACGUGUCUCGGAUAAUACCAAAUCAUUGAUUGGUCUGUUGUUGAUGCUUGAUCCCCAGAAGAGGCUUACAGCAUCUGGCGUGCUUGAUUUUCUGAGAAAUACCAUGACUGCUUGGUGAGUGUAACACUGCAAAUUAAGUAAAUACUGUAAAUCCUCCAUUAAGCCACUCCUUCUCAGAAGAAGAAAGUUAUUACGCGCCUCCUCCUUCUCACUUUUAAGCAUUCCCUCUCCUACCCCCUGAAACACUUUAUGUGGACUGAUCCGGGAUAGUUUAACCGCGUGCUAGACGUUCGGAUUCGUUUUUUAUCUAUGGCUCCAUUGACCUCCAUCUUCAUUUGCCUGACCUUUUCCGCUGUGUGUCCUGUUUCUCUGUGGAGAAUUGGUACCAUCGUCUUCUCUAACUUAGAUAAGCCCCCCUCUCUAAGGACCUCCUCCCCUCAAACGCUCAAACGUGGUUGAAAUAAAUUACCCUCCCUUGAAGGCUUAGUUGGAACCUCUAAGCGAGAACCUAAAAAUUUUGAGUAGUCUACUUUGCUAAAAAUACUGUGUAUUUUGAUGUCUACUGGGAAUGUGGGCUAAUGGUUCUUAUUUUGUUCAGAGCAAAAGAUCCUUGUUGCUUGUCAAACAAUCAUUUACCGUAACCUAUCUUGUUGGCCUGUACCACCACAGUAUUUUAAGCGGGUUUUUGAAUGUUAGCGAAAAAGGAGUGCACCAAUGACUUUUGAUUACAACAUGCAAGAAAUGUGACCAGCCUUAAAAAGACAUUGCAGUCUCUCCAUUGUUCCGUUCAAGAGUAGUCUCCAACGCAGCCGCUCGGGGCGGAGUCACGCAAUGUUGGGAAGCAAUGCGUGACACCCGCCGGCCCGAACGGCUGCGAAGGAGACUAGUUCAAAAGUCACACGUGGCAGAUAUUCCAACUUAUUCAGAGAAGUUGUUACUAUAUGAACAGGGAACACUUCUACCAUAUUUAGUAGAAUUUCAAUUUUGUGAUAAUUUCCCUUGUAAUCGAUAGGUAUUUGUCAACCACAAUAAGCGAGCCUGCUCAAGUUGUACCGGACACCGACGAAGAGUCGUCAACGGAGAAGAAAGGAGCAUUUGAAAGUUCAUCAAGACAAAGACCGCCGGAACUUGAACUCCGUUUAACUAAAUUUCGUGAAACCAUGACAACCAAAGAACCUCGGGUCACGUUGCUCACACGUGACAGUCUCACACAGCCACCAAUACGACGAAUCUCCGAAGAUGCCCGACCUUUGACGGCUGCCGAAAUUCUUGCUCAUCGCCACCUCCUUUAGCUUUUCUAGUUUUUCCAACGAUUUUGAAAGCAGAAUUUUUGUGGUCAUUGCGCUGUAUUUUUUGUGGUCACUGCAUGCCAAAAGACUGUAGGUUAAUUUUGUUGACAAAUGAUAGGUAUUCAAACGGAAAAACUCUGAUGAUGAAGUUAAGCAACGUUUCCUUUGUUAGCCUAUAGCUAGGAAGGAUGUUUAUUUGGUUACUGUCACGGGUACCCCCUCAUAUUCUAUUGAGUACCGUUGUAUUUCAUUAUUUAUGGACUGAAUCCGUUUGCCGUCGCUAACUUUUGUCGUUUGUGCUAUUUUGUGUGAUUACGCAGAGGCGAUAUCCUUAUAGACUUCGCUGCAGACACUCUAAACCUUCUACAGAGUGGGCCGGCUGCAACCCAGGCUAUAUCCUUACUGUGUUUGUAUUGCAUAUAUAGGGCUAAAUCCUUUUUUCCGUCUAUGGGCGGCAAGGGAUGUCUUUGUUGUUAUCUACCUUUUUUGUGCCGUUGGCAACCGUUUGCCAUAUUCUCUGCGUAUAUUUUGUCUUGUACCUCAUGGUCUUUGAUCGUUUUUGCGUUUUAUAGUGAUCUCGUUACAGUGUUGCUUCUAAGAAUUUAUGCAUUUCAAGAGAAAACCUGGGGAAAUCUUGUGUGUAUCCUCGUAAUCUCACUUCACAUUGUGAGUGGAUAUUACGACUAUUGUAUAUAUUGGUCGCAAAUGACGUUCUUUGUCAGUCGUGCUCAUAUUGAGCCUAUAUUGACUAGUUUUUGUUAGUAGCGAACAAAUGUGCCCCAGAUGUCAAAGGACCGUCGUAACAAGUCAGUCUGGUUGGGACCUUUUGUGCUCAGUUUCGACAACUAUCGUUGUUUUUCGCGUUUUGAAGCCUUAUGUUACUGGCGUUUGCAGUACUUAAUUAAUUUUCAAUCGAACUGUUUCACAAAAGAAAACGCACGAAGGUACUAUGCAUGGACAAGGGCCGCGCCUUGUAUUUCGGUGCUUUGGUGUGUUGUUUACAGUAGUAGAUAUGGUAAGGAAUUAUUUCUCAUUUUCAGGCUUAUCAUAGUCAAGUAUGAAUGUGUUUGUCCUCCUAUUCCUUCGCUUUACUUUGCGCGUUUGGCUUUUCUCGCUAGCUGGACCAAUCAAACUCUCUUCAAGUUUGGACGGUACAUAAAUGGCUCAGUCUUGCUGCCGGGACAUACGGCGUUUGUAGCUGGAGAUAAACCAGUAAUA